AUGACAGCCACAACGUCAACGCCCUCGAUUCCUCCUCGCCCGACCAGAGGCGCCGAUAAGGACGGUCCUGCUUCUGGCCCCAAGAUCCCUCCCCGUCCCAACAAGACUCGCCCUGAGCGCUCCAUGUCCCCGAGUGCCGACCGCUUCGCCCCCUCGCCUCUGAAUGAGGGCCUUCUGGCCAAGGCUCGGCCACCGCCUUCAAUGCUUAGCCCCCACCGUUCAAGCUUCGGUGACCGGACCCGCGACCCCAUCGAGAGGUCCAGCAGCGUCGACCUGCCCUCCGUUGGCGAGGAGGGCGCGGAAUACGGCGCACUCGCAAGCGAGGCGGAAGACGAGAGAGGCUCAAGGAACGCUUCCCCUGAGCAGACUCGCACGAUCUCUGCGGGCCUCGAACUGCAUGCGCCCAAGCCUUCUCUGUCUGCCAACCGGGCCAAAGCUCAGGUCCAGGCAGUCACCCGCACCGACUCCGAUCGUGCGGCGUCCUUUGGAAUCGGCCGUCCUGGGAGCCGUGACGAAACCCGUGCUACGUCCCGCGAUAGCCACAGGAAGAGACCCAGUACCAGUCUGUCCCAGAGCAGCGAUCACGACCAACACGAUGACGAACACGGAAUCCCAGAGAUUGGCCAGCGAGUGCCCAUGAACCCCCAUCUCGGUGAUGUCCAGGCUCCUUCGCCUGGCCCCAAUGAGGGCCAGCAGAAACACCACAGCCGCAGGCACAGUGCGCGUGCCCUGCCCCCUGGUAGCUAUGGACUUCACGGACACGGCGUGGCCCCCCAGGACAAGCUGGAGAAGGAGUACUACAAGAAACACCCCGACAUCCAGGCUCGCGAGGAGCACACCCCCAUCCACGAUCGCCAGAACGACUACGCCAUGAGCCGCGAAGACCUCAACAAAUUGGUGCGCGACACCGCCAGCCGUGGUCGUGGCUUCGGCACCGCCAAGGAGUUCCGUGGCACCCCCACAGAUGAAGUUGCCUUCCAAGCCAGCGAGGAGUACGUCCGUCAUACCUCUCCUCGCCCCAAGUCGGCGGCUCCGGCGACUGGCCAUCACCGCCGUACCUCAUCGCUGGCGCAUUCCGUUACGGCUUUCAACGAGGAAGACGCUGGGGCGGACGAGGAUGCAAUCCACGUCGAUGACCCAAAGCACCCCGAGUACCGCUCCUACGGCGAUGAGGAGCCGGAAGCCGAGGACGAGGACUAUACCGCCCCUAUUCUUGCCUCAGACGAAGUGCAGAAGAACAAGAAUGCGUACCGUCAGCGCCCGGCUGUGCAUCCUCCUGCCGAUCGUCGUGGCAGUAACUACGAGGCGGAAGAAGCCCCUAGUCGCUCCAUCAGUCGACCCGUCAGCCUUCAAAAGGAAAGCUCUCAACCAGAGAUUCGUUACACUCCCCUCGAGGACGUCGAGGAGUACGAACCCCUGUUCCCCGAAGAGGUGAAGAAAGAAAAGCACCUCAAGGAGCAAGCCGACGAGAACAAGCACCACCACCACUUCCCUAGCAAGGAUAUUUGGGAGGAUGCGCCCAGCAGUAUUCACUACACCGCGACAGUGUCGACUCCCGACCUGCCCGAGAGUGAGCACCAUCGUGCGCGCUCGGCUGGCCAGGCUGAGCGACCGCUUACCCCGGCUCACGCUUUCGCCAAGCAGCAAGAGGAGCUUGCCGAGAGGGAGGCCAAGCGCCGCUCUGUCAGCAAGUUCCUGCCUCUUUCCGAGGAGAGGAAGCCGAACUGGGCCGCCCACCAGGCUCAUCUUAAGGUUGACCGCCCUGCUACCGGCAGCCCUCGCUUCCCCAGUCGUGAUGUUUGGGAGGAUACCCCAGAGAGCCACCUGCAGUCGACGACCGUUUCCACCCCCCAACAGGAGGAGGAGGAGGAGGAAGAAGAGGAAGAGCCAGAGACAAGGCCUGUGAGAAGAUCGCCGGAACGUCCAGCCGUCCCUAGCCGACCUAAGCCAGCCGUAUCCGACAAACCGAAGCCUCAAAUUCCUGCUCGUCCAGCUAAGAGCUCGGCAGGCGAGACGAGGGAGAAGCCACCGGUGCCCACGCGCCCGGCAGGGAGUAAGAUUGCCGCUUUGCAGGCUGGAUUCAUGAACGACUUGAAUCAGCGUCUCAAGAUUGGUCCUCAGGUUCAUAAGCGGGAUGAUUCCCCUGAGAAGGAGGCCGAGGCCGAGAAGGAGAAGGCUCCCUUGUCAGACGCUCGCAAGAGCAGAGCCAGGGGUCCUCAGAGGAGGGCGCCGGCGAAGGAAGCGGCACCAGCAGCGCAGACUAGCUCGAGUGUGUUAACACUGGACGUUUCCGCGCCUGUCGCGACUUGGUCAUUGGACGGCGAUGGCAUCCUGACCGUUAUGGGGGAAGCCGAGGGCGAGUCAACAGAACCGGCGGAGCAAACAGAGGCACCCGCGGAGGAUGCGCCUACUGUCGAGGCUAAUGAUCCCGAACUGGACACAUCCAGGGUCCAGGACGAGGUCGCCGAGACGCUGGAGCAAACUAAGCAUACGGAGCAGGAACCGAAGCCGAAGCCGGAACCUGAAUUCUCCGCGGGAGAGGUUGUUCACGAAGACGCGUCCGAGCAGGAGCCGAAAUUGGAACAAAAGACUUUGGUCGCCAACAUGGCUGGCGAGAGCGUGUUAGAAGCCGAUGUGGCUAAGACAGCGGAUGGCAACGACGUGGAGCCAGUAGCGGUGAAGGACGAGGUAAAGCCGUAA